AGGAGGAGAGGGGGGGGGAUCAGGGCUACGGCAGCCAGCAGAGUCGCGACCGCCGCCGCCGCCGCCGCCGCCGCCCCUGCCGCAGCCUCCUCUCUAGGCGCAGCCGCCGCCUCUCCUGCAGCAACCGCAGCCUCCUCCGCCGCCGCCUCUCCCGCCUCUCCCUGCUCUCCCGCCACCACCUCUCUCCUGCCGCAGCAGCCUCUGCCGCCGCCACCUCCUCCUCUCCCUCCUCCUCCUCCUCCUCCUCCUUCUUCUCCUCCUCUCUGGCCGCAGCCUCUGCCUUUCCUGCCGCAGCCACUGCCUCUCCGUCUCCUGCUCCAGCUCCUGUUGCCGUUUCUGCUGCCCUUCGUGCUCCUGCUGCAGCUCCCGCCGCCGUCUCCUUUGCCGCAGCCAUCCCCACCCGGGGGUGAGGGCUCCUUCGACCGCCAGCGCCAGCGUCAGUGCCGCAGCCCGGGCUCCGAGCAGCCAGCCGAACCGGUCAGCGCCAGAGCCGCGGAGAUGGGCAACGCGGCCACCGCCAAGAAGGGCAGCGAGCUGGAGAGCGUGAAAGAAUUCCUGGCCAAGGCCAAGGAAGAAUUUCUCAAGAAAUGGGAAGCCCCGGCGCAGAACACGGCCCAGCUCGAGCACUUUGACCGCAUCAAGACCCUGGGCACGGGCUCGUUCGGGCGCGUGAUGCUGGUGAAACACAAGGAGACGGGCAACCACUUUGCCAUGAAAAUCCUGGAUAAACAGAAGGUGGUGAAGCUGAAGCAGAUCGAGCACACCCUGAACGAGAAGCGCAUCCUGCAGGCUGUCAACUUCCCCUUUCUCGUCCGGCUCGAAUAUUCCUUCAAGGACAACACCAACCUGUACAUGGUGAUGGAGUACGUGCUGGGCGGGGAGAUGUUCUCCCACCUGCGGCGCAUCGGCCGGUUCAGCGAGCCCCACGCACGCUUCUAUGCUGCCCAGAUCGUCCUGACCUUCGAGUACCUCCACUCCCUGGACCUGAUCUACCGGGACCUGAAGCCCGAGAACCUUCUCAUCGACCAGCAUGGCUACAUCCAGGUGACAGACUUUGGGUUUGCCAAGCGCGUCAAAGGCCGCACCUGGACCCUGUGCGGGACCCCCGAGUACCUGGCUCCCGAGAUCAUCCUUAGCAAGGGCUACAACAAGGCCGUGGACUGGUGGGCCCUGGGAGUCCUGAUCUACGAGAUGGCAGCGGGCUACCCCCCCUUCUUUGCUGACCAGCCCAUCCAGAUCUACGAAAAGAUCGUUUCCGGCAAGGUUCGGUUCCCCUCCCACUUCAGCUCCGACCUGAAGGACCUGCUUCGCAACCUGCUCCAGGUGGACCUCACCAAGCGCUACGGGAACCUCAAGAAUGGAGUCAACGACAUCAAAAACCACAAGUGGUUUUCCACCACCGACUGGAUCGCCAUCUACCAGAGGAAGGUGGAAGCUCCCUUCAUCCCCAAGUGCAAGGGCCCUGGUGACACGAGUAACUUCGAAGACUACGAGGAGGAAGAGAUCCGAGUCUCCAUCACCGAGAAGUGCGCCAAGGAGUUUGCUGAGUUCUAGGCGUGGCCCCCUAGUGGUUUCCUUUGGGGGGCGGGGGUGGGGGGGUUGGUUUGAGCAGCCAGAGGGCCCCAGAUUUCCUGGCAUAUUCUUUUUUCCCUAGGGAGAUCAGAAAGCUGAGGUGUUUGCAGGGCAGGAGGGAGAUUCAAAUACCAGAUGGCCCCCUUCCCUCUCCUUGCCUAUCCCCACUGCUUUCCCCUGCUGGCUUACCCCAACAGGUAGACCCCCUCUUGGCUGGGCUCCCUCUGCUCUAUGCCUAACUCCAUGCAAGUUGUAAGUCAGUUUUCCAGCCCAAGCCUUAUCAUCGUCACCAAACCAAGACGCAGCUUCUCUCUACCCUAGCUCCCCCUCCCCCUUGGUAUAUUUGUCCCACAGGUCAGGCCCCUGCUUUGGGAGCUCCUCAUGAUUCCACUGGUGCUGGAUAGUUAGAGCAGGGGGAGCCAGGGGGACCCCAGGUUGGAAAACCUAUGAUUCCUAAGACUGCUGCAGUUUCCCAUUCGCUGCCGUCAUCCUCUCCCUAACCUCUCCCUAGAAUCUUAGGAGCUAAUCCAUGGGCAAAAAGACAGACAGACAGACAGACGUUUAACCAGUUCCCCACAAAGAGAGAGCCUGCCUAGGAAGAUGUUUGGGGAAAUUGAUUGGGAUUUCCUUUGUUAUUAAGAAAAUUUAAAUAUUAUUUAGGUUGUACUUGCCCUUCCCUCCCUCGUUUCCUCCCACCAUCCCUUGCUAUUCCCCACCAGAUUUUUAAUGUGUCUGAAUUUGUCUAGGUCAAAGGCCACGGAGCUUUUUAACCUCUGGGAUCUCAGCAGAUGGUGGUUGGAAGCGGGUCUGUGACCUAAAGAAGGGGAUUUCUUACUGCUGAUCUCAUCUAGGGGUUUGUGGAAACAACUGCUAGAGCCCCAUUGGGGGGUAGCCUGCCAAAACAGGAAGAGCCCUGCCUACCCUCACCCCCCAAUGAUCCCCCUCCCUCAGGACCUCCUAACCUAUCUUCCCCACUCCCCAGUCCUGCCUCCCUGAGGCUAAGGCGCCAGAAAGAACGUUACCCACCCCCACCGCACCCCACCCAGGCUAACUGGUUUUUGAUCCCUGCCAAAGAGGUCUCCCAGAAAUUCCUGGGCCACACCUCCUACGAUGUAGCCAUUCUUAUCUAUAGAUUUUUAAUCCCCAGACACCGACUUCCCACUGUCCAGGAAGCUACUUGGAAAAUAUAGCCCACCCUGGGUGGGGAGAGGAGGAGGGGGAGGCGAAUGGGGGGGCUAGGAGAAAGGGAACAGGAAGUAGUAUAGCUUUAAGGUAUAGAGCUUCCUUUUGCCCUGAGAAUGCCAAUUUUAUUCACCUGGUGGCCUCGCCACCAUUCCCCAUCCCCAGAAGCCCCCUCCAUCUGGCUUAACUGACAGCUAUCCAUCGCUCCUCUCACUGGCCCCUGUUGUGGCUCCUGAAUUAUCCUAAUUGCUUCCCCUCUCUCUAGCAAAUAGCUCUAUGGAGAGCAGUCAUCUUCUCUCCAUCCCCCUUCGCUUGUGUGUCCCUCUCUCAAAUUUCCCCCACCCUUGAAGGAGCUCAGAGGCAGGGCGUAAGGGUGGGGGAUACCUGAGAGAUUCAACCUGUGUGAUUUGAGACAUCUGUUACACGGAAGUGACUUCCGCUAUAAUGGUGUGCUUUGUUGUGAACAUUAUUUGAAAUCCAUUACCAAUAAAGUUUUGUUUUAAAAAAAAA